AUGUACCUCGACCUGUUAGUCCACCGGAAAUUGCCCCGCCGUUACCACAACCAAGAACCACCGUCACUAUCGUUGCCAGAGUUUCCUUUUGCCGUUGAAAAAGAACCGUUCGGCUCCUCUUCCACCGCUGACCUGGGAUCUGGCCUUAUCUUCCUCAAACGUCGCCCCAACGUGCCUCGAAUAAACCCAAACCGAGCUACUUUCAACCUUAGAUCUGCCUUAUCUAACCGCCGGAUCAAGCUAUGUUUCGGGAGGGGGAUGAGGAAAAGUAAGGAAGUGAAAAACGGAGGAGCCACAGAAAAGCCGUUGGCUUUCCAACCCCCGCCUGGAGGGCAGGAUGGGGUCGCCGAGAUGGUGAAGGCCUUAAUAGCACAAUUCCAGCAAGACCGUCAAGAGGCAAAAGAAAGACAAACUAGGGAGGAAGCUAGGAUCGCCGCACUAGAAAACACACUAUUGAGAGCAAACACUCAACCUUUUGCGGACGCUGCACACCGCCGAGGUGAGAGAACUCCUACUCCAGGAGACUCUCGCGACCCACCAAACAUGGAAGAGUUGGGUCUGCCGAGUAACGAAGAAUACUACGACAACGACGACCGCCGUUCAGAAGAAGAUCCCACUCAUUACCCUCAUGACACAUCAACAGAUGAACGUGUCUAUGAAAUUGAUGAUGUACCAACAAACUCUUCCCAAGCAGACAGAGCUCUACGACGGUCAGUGAGGGAUCAGUACGCUGGAGAUACAUACCAGAGGCUGGUGAACAAAAUCUUCAAAGAGAUGAUCGGCAAGUGCAUGGAAGUGUACGUGGAUGAUAUGUUGAUUAAAAGCUCAUCCAUGGAACAACACCCGAAGGAUCUCGCUGAGUGCUUUGACUACUCGAGAGCUUACAAAAUGAAGCUGAACCCAUCAAAGUGCACGUUCAGCGUGGAAGCUGGAAAGUUCCCGGGUUUCAUGGUGUCAACAGAAUAUGAAGCACUGAUAGCGGGGCUAGAAAUUGCUAGACGAAUGAGAGCCAGUCACCUUAAAGUCUUCAGCGACUCCCAGAUUGUCACUAAGCAAACCAGCGGCGAAUAUGAGGCCAAAAAACCAAGUAUGGCAGAAUACAGUAAAAAAGUGCAAGAGCUGUGGAGCACGUUCGACAAGAUCACCUUGCAACAGGUACUAAGGGACGAAAAUACCCGAGUAGAUGCACUCUCUAAGUUGGCAUCGUCCAAUGUGGAAUCAGCCAGAGGCAAAGUAUUCAUGGAGUAUGUGGAAAAGCCAGCCUACAUAAGAAAAGCCCAAGUGCUCACCAUAGAAGAAGAGGUAGCGCCCAAUUGGAAAACUGAAAUUAUUGAUUAUCUGAACGGCAUUCGCCCGAAGCUGGAUCCUAAGGAAGCAUUGGCAAGACAGAGGCGAGUGGCAAGAUAUGUUUUGAUCGAUGGGGUCUUAUACAAAAAGUCCUUCAUACUUCCCCUCCUUAAGUGCCUGGGACCAACUGAGGCAAACUAUGUUUUAAAAGAAAUUCACCAAGGAGUAUGUGGAAACCACAUGGGAGGGAGAUCAGUCGCCCAAAAAGCUCUCAAACAGGGAUAUUAUUGGCUAACAAUGCGAGCAGACGCAAUCAGCCUAGUGCAGAAAUGCUUCAAAUGCCAAGAGUUUGCAAAGGUGUCAAGAUUUCUAGCAGAAGAACUCAAUGUAAUCAAAGCAGCCUGGUCGUUCGCCAUGUGGGGAAUGGACCUGAUUGGCCCACUCCCCAAAGCCUCAGGGAACCUGAAGUUUGCAAUUGUGGCAUUUGGCUUGCCCAACGCCAUAGUAUCAGACAUUGGUCUGCAACUGCAAGCUCAGCACAUACAAGAACUCUAUAAGAAGUUCCAUGUAAAGCUCAUUGCCAGCUCGAUUGUCUACCCCAAGACAAAUGGCCACGUAGAGUCCACGAAUGCCAAGAUCCUGUCGCCAUUAAAAAAGAAGUUGGAAUCCAAGAAAGUAAAAUGGAUCGAAGAAUUUCAUGAUGUCAUAUGGGCCAUAAGGACCACCUCCCAUACGGGAACAAGGGAAACACCAUUCAACAUGGCGUUCAGCACAGAAGCUGUAGUGCUAGCCGAAAUAGGGGUUAAAACAUUCAGAACAUCCCCUUUGUUCGACCCAGAAAAGAAUGAAGAAGAGCUUCAAACCAACUUAGACAUACCUGAGGAAGUUAGAGAAGCAGCACAACUGAGGCAGGCGAACAGGGCCCAAAAAAUCAGCCAAUACUACAAUCAGCGCGUUCGACAUAGACAAUUUCAGAUUGGAGACCUGGUGGAGAUACCCGAAUUUGAUGGGAGAGGCCAACCCGAUGACUUCCUUGAAUGGUUACAUACGGUGGAAAGAAUUUUUCAGUACCAAGAUGUGCCCGAGAACAAGCAAGUGAAGCUUGUAGCUAUCAAGUUUAGAAAACAUGCCUCUUUGUGGUGGGAAAAUUUGAGGAUGCAAAGAGAAAGAAAAGGCAAAGAAAAGGUUAGAACUUGGGACAAAAUGGUGCGUGAACUCAAGAAGAAGUUUCUGCCCGAGGACUACAAGCAAGAUGUAUUUCUCAAGCUCCAAAAUUUGAAACAAGGGUCCAUGAGUGUCCUAGACUAUACGGCUGAAUUUGAUGCCUUGAUGAUCAAAGCCAACAUCAAUGAACCCGAGGAGCAAACUAUAGCAAGGUACUUAGCUGGUUUGAAAAUUUUGAUUGCUAAUAUUGUUGUUUUACAGCCUUAUAGGACCUUAAAUGAUGUGAUCAAAUUAACCCUUCGAGUGGAGAAACAAGUUAAAAACAAAUCUGUUGUAAAACUUGAUGAAAGAGAGCUUAGCGAGGAAACUACUCCAAAAGCUCCAUUUGUGCCAAAAUGCAACGUUAAUGGUGAUGCAAAAGAUAAGGGCAAAAAGGCAGCAGAUGAUAGUGGGAAAACAAAGUUGAGGCCAGAAAAGAAGUGUUUCAAAUGCCAUGGAUUCGGUCAUAUUGCUUCUGAUUGUCCAAAUCGCCAAGUUAUUGCGUUGAUUGAAGGAAGUGAUGAUGAUAGUGAAAAGAAUGAGUUGGAGGCCGAACAAGCACAUGAGGAAGAAGUACUUGUCCAUGCCGACCAAGGGGAAUCUCUUGUUGUUCAAAAAGUUCUCCAUAUCACUCAAACUAGCCCGGGGGAAGAUUGGAAAAGAAAGAAUGUCUUUCACACCCGAUGCACUUGCCAAGGAAAAAUUUGCAUGGUGAUUAUUGAUAGUGGAAGUUUUGAGAACCUUGCCUCGAUGGAGAUGGUCCAAAAGCUCGGGUUGAAGACCAUUCCACAGCCCACACCCUACAAAUUGAGUUGGUUGAAAGAUGAGUCAGAUUUGAAACAUGUUAUUUAUGAUGGCCAUGCUCACACUUACACCUUAAAGAAAGAUGGCCGAAAGAUCACACUAGCUCCAUUGAAACCUAAAACAACACCUACACCAAAAAUGGAGAACUUGUUGUCAAGUAGGGGUCUUGUUCCUUAUGUUCAUGAAGGUACUUCAAAUUUUUUUCAACCGGGGGAGAAUGACACGGGAGUGUCCCAUAUGAGUCAUGAAGGUGAUUCGGGUGAAGAAGACGAAUUUAGUAAAGCAAGCACCACGCCAUGUAAGCACCUUGCUUUAAUGACAUGUCACUUUAAAUGGGACCAAGGAAGCCACGUUGGAUGGAAGCUAGCACCUCUCCAAGUUGAUGCCUAUGUGGAAGCAAGCACCUCUCAUUUCAUGACACAUGUUAAUGACCCACCUUUCUCCAUGUGA